AUGUCACGGGUGUAUUUGCCGAUUCACCAGAUUACAGAUGAAACAAAUAACUGGACUGCACUAAUUCAAGUUGUUGAACGACCACCUGUUCAGACUAGCAAAAAUAAUACGUCCACGCUUUACCGUAGAUAUUUGUUUACAGAUGAGGAGGGGACAAAAGUUUCUGUGGUUGUUUAUAAUGCUGUUAUUAACGAGUUUGAUGAACUUCUUAUGCCAUACAAGAGAUACUACCUAUCUGGAGCAAAAGUUCGGCCCGAGGUUCCUUUUUAUCAAGUUAGUGACUACAAAUACAACUGGCUUAUAGUUUCUGGAACUAAUGUCGAAGAAUACCAAGAGUCCCUGCCUCCACAACUUCCAUGCCACAUGGAUAUCCACACCUUUGCAGACAUACACAAGUACGCAGACACAGACAACCCCAGAAGUGAGUCAAAACUUGUUGGAUUAGCGGAAAAAUCAAAUUCAUUCACGACAACAGGCCUUUGUGGACAGCCACAUGUCACAUUUGUCAUCUUAAUCCAAAAACUAUUUAAAUAUAUUAGGUGCCGCUUGCCAAUAACAAUCGAAGAUCAAACUGGAACUAUGAAUGCUGUAAUCUAUGGCGAGGAUGCAGAACGGUUAAUCACUUAUAGCGGCAAUCAACUAUAUGAGGCAGACCAACAGGGUCGUGAUUUAACUAAAGAAAUUGCGGCAUCAGUCGCACGCCACAAAGUCGUCUGCUUCGUAAAACAAUCGAAAUCUGCUUACCACACAGUUGUCAAGCUUUAUAGUAUUCAAAUGAUGAUGAUUCAAGGAAAUGCAUCUACAACAGAGUCGUCUGGAAAAGAAAGUUCUACAGCAGCCCCCUUUAAGGCAACAGAUCCAAAUCUCUUCAGCCCAACACUUAAAAAUGUGCUCGAGUCCGUCGCCCUCAAAAUCGAAAAGUCACCAAAUGUGCCCACUCCAGAAAGCUCAACCAAAAAACGAAUCAACUUUGACGCCCAGCAAGACACCACACAAACAAGUAGCUCAACUCCAACCCGGUCAACACUACAACCAACACAGAAUACUGCCACAAGCCCUUCCAAGAAAAGUCGCCCAAAAUGGAUUAAAUCCUUUGCACCAGACUUUUGUACUUUUGCUUGA